UCUUCCUCCCCUCCUCUCCCUCCCCAGCCUCCCCGCGAGCGGACGCGGCAGCGUCUCUGUCUCGCUUUUUCUUAUUUUACCCCCUUCCCCUUCUUUUUUUUUCUUUCUUUUCUCCCCUGCUUCCCUUUCACCAUUUCCCCUCGGAGGUGCAUCCCCCGGGCAGGGGCAGAGCCGGUCUCACCCCCCGCCUCUCCCCGGCCCCCGCCGCCCUAUGGCGAGAGGGAACCCCCUCCCCACCCGGGCACAAGCGGCGGCGGUUGGAGGAGCGGGACCGGCGGUGGCUGCCUCAAGUCCAGGGUCGUCAUGGAACUAAUUCGCUGACUGACCCACCGGCCGCAGCCGUGCGUCCCGCUCGAGCGCCAGCGCCCCCCGGCCCGGUUUCCCCUCUUCUCCCUCCUCAGUCGGCCCGGUCCUCGCCCCGCGCGCUGAGGAAAAUGAGGUGGUAACGGGCCCCCGGAUGACCCCGCGUCACCACUGUAAGGCCUACAGCUCUGCCAGGGAGGAGGAGGAGGAAGGGGAGGAAGAGGAGAAGGUAGCUACAUCAAGCUGGGAGGCAGGCAGAUCCAAAGGAUAUCAUGAAGUUUCCAGGGCCUUUGGAAAACCAGAGAUUGUCUUUCCUGUUGGAAAAGGCAAUCUCUAGGGAAGCCCAGAUGUGGAAGGUAAAUGUGCCGAAAAUGCCUACAAAUCAGAAUGUUUCUCCAUCCCAGAGAGAUGAAGUGAUUCAGUGGCUGGCCAAACUCAAGUACCAAUUCAACCUUUACCCAGAAACAUUUGCUCUGGCUAGCAGUCUUUUGGACAGGUUUUUAGCUACUGUAAAGGCCCACCCAAAAUACUUGAGUUGUAUUGCAAUCAGCUGUUUUUUCCUAGCUGCCAAGACUGUUGAGGAAGACGAGAGAAUUCCAAUACUGAAGGUGUUGGCAAGAGACAGUUUCUGUGGAUGUUCUUCAUCUGAAAUUCUGAGGAUGGAGAGAAUUAUUCUGGAUAAGUUGAAUUGGGACCUUCACACAGCCACACCAUUGGAUUUUCUUCACAUUUUCCAUGCCAUUACAGUGUCAAUUAGGCCUCAGUUACUUUUCAAUUUGCCCAAACUGAGCCCAUCUCAACAUUUGGCACUCCUAACCAAGCAGCUACUUCAUUGUAUGGCCUGUAACGAACUUCUGCAAUUCAAAGGAUCCAUGCUUGCUCUGGCCAUGGUUAGUUUGGAAAUGGAGAAACUCAUUCCUGAUUGGCUUCCUCUUACAAUUGAAUUGCUUCAGAAAGCACAGAUGGAUAGCUCCCAGUUGAUCCACUGUCGGGAGCUUGUGGCACAUCACCUUUCUACUCUGCAGUCUUCCCUGCCUCUAAAUUCCGUUUAUGUCUACCGUCCCCUCAAGCACACCCUGGUGACCUGUGACAAAGGAGUGUUCAGAUUACAUCCCUCCUCUGUCCCAGGCCCAGAUUUCUCCAAGGACAACAGCAAACCAGAAGUGCCAGUCAGAGGUACAGCAGCCUUCUGUCAUCAUCUCCCAGCUGCCGGUGGGUGCAAGCAUACCUCUGCUAAACGCAAAGUAGAGGAAAUGGAAGUGGAUGACUUCUAUGAUGGAAUCAAACGGCUCUAUAACGAAGAUAAUGCUUCAGAAAAUGUGGGUUCUGUGUGUGGCACUGAUUUAUCAAGGCAAGAGGGACAUGAUUCCCCGUGUCCACCUUUGCAGCCUGUGUCUGUCAUGUAGCUUCAGGUGUUACCUUUAAGUGCAAACUGAGGUAGACUACUCGGGUUGAGAAUGUGGCAAACUAGCGAAGGCUAUCUACAGGUACAUACCUUUAUCAGGCUGAUUUGAAGUGAGCCAGAAAAAAAAAAACAAACCAUUUACUUGUAUGGCUAAUUAGAAUUAAAUAUUAUUUAAGCACUUAAAGACCAGAAAAAGUAUAAAAUUCAAAAGAUCCAAACAUUUUUUAAAGUAAGAAAUUUCUUUGUAGUAUUUGUCAGUUUCACCCUUUUUUUUUUCUCUGCCAAAAUGUAGAUUGCCCCUAUGUUAAAAAGUCAGUCAGUGGUUUUUUUAAAGUUCCAAAAUUCAUAGCUAGCAAACUCUAUCCCCAAUGUCCUGACUUAAUUUUCUUCUUGUUUUUGCUUGCUUCUUCGUUGAAUACUUAAUGAAUUUAAUGCAUGUUGAUCUAUAGCCUGAUUUCCACUGACUAGGAAACUCUCAAAAUUAUUUAGCAAUUUGUGAAUAAAUUAUUUCAGUUCAACAGCCAUGUAUUAAUCCUUAAUGAUUCAAAUUAAUCUGAAAAGGGUACUUCAGAAUUGCCCCAUUUGAAUCAGAUGUGGUAAUAGAAAAAGGACUCACAUUACCACAUGUUUUGUUUCAUUUCAAGAUCUAGAGUUUGGAAACAAAAUGGUUUUUAUCUUAAACUGAAGUUUAAAAGUGGCAUGUAAUUAGGACACUCUUAGAUUUGUUGAAAGCAUUUUGACAUUUGUUUAAACCAUUUGUGAUAAAGUUAAUAUUAUCCAGGUGCUCACCAAAGAACCAUGUAACAACUAAAAUUUGAUUUUUAAAAAAUUUUUUUGAGGGGUAACUGCUCAGCUCUGUUAUCAGUGAGAGACUGUCUAGAUGUUGGCAGCUCUAUGAUUUGGGUCUAUAACAUGUAAUUACUGAAUUCAGUACCCUAGUUUUAUGUUAAUAAGCUAUUAGGAUUUUCUUGACAAAAAAUUAUUCUGUCUCUUGAGCCUACCUAUAUUUCCCUUAAUGACUUCUGGAUCCUGAGCUCCUUGUAUGGUCUGAAUAAGGUAUUGCAGUCAGAAUCAACCAUGUACUGAUGAGAAAAGCCUCUGGUAGCAAUAAACGUUGUCCUUAACCA